GAGACUCCUCUGAGACCCAUGCUGAAGGAAUGCACCGGAAACUGGUUCUGGAGGACUAAAGAAUGACUGAGGAAGAGGUUAUGGGAGCUGCACCUUGGGCCCUGAAGGAAGGAGCCGCAGCUGCCGCACCGCACGUCGUCUGCUUCAAACAUGACCAGCUGGCUCGGACGUGCAGACAGACAGGCUGAGUGCCAAGGAAAAGGUAAACAAACACAUGUGUUCCUGUUCUGCAGCUCUGUCAACUUGUUUUGAACCAUGCAGUAUAUCUAGAAGAGAAAAGUACCCAUUUACAUAAAGGAUAAAAGAGGGAAUACAAUGGAAAGAGUAACAGCAUCCAUUUGCUGUCUGGAAAACAACUGUAGGUGGCUCUUCUUGAGGCGACAUUGGGUAGGUGUGGUACUUUCGUUAUAAGCACAUACGUUGAAUUUUUUUUUAAUCAUUUGAAUUGUCAGAUUUACCAUAGACAAUGAAAACAAACUUAAAGCUGGAAGGCAGUUUGCUUCGCGAGGGGGUCGAUCUGGCUUAGUUUCAAGAGGCUUAACACAAGACUCAAGACUCAAGAGGGCUUAAAACCCAAUAUUUCGGCCGUGCCGCAGGCUGACAGUCUGACUUGUGGUGCUGGGAGACAAAGACAGCUGCCUCAUGCUCUAUUACACACAGAUUCAUAGAUGAAGCCAAGAGAAAUAACAGAAAUGGAUAAAGAAGAGGAAGAAGAGGAGGAGGACACUGAGAUGGAAGAAGAAUCUACUGAUGAGCAAGUAUCUGAUGAAAUAAGUACUGAGAGUUCAGAGAAUGAAGAAGAUGACAAAGAAAAUGUAGAGGUAAAAGAUACACACACUGAAGCUGUAGAAGGAGAUAAUAUGUCAGGAGGAAGUAAGCCAAGAAGUGUAGUGGAGGCUUUGAAUGACUACCUGGAGAGUAUUUUCUCCACAGAGGAGGAACAGGAUGAAGAGAUUGAAGAAGAGCUGACGGCCAUGUACCGUCUGCUGUGGAGGAUCCUGAGUGCCACUGUGGGUAUCAUUGCCGUGGUGGUCACUGUUACCAAGUAUCCUCAGUACCUUGAUAUCCUUCAUGAAAAUAAACUGUGGUUUUCCAACAUAAAAGAAGUUGAACGUGAAAUAUCAUUCCGCACAGAGCAAGGAUUGUAUUAUUCAUACUACAAGCAGCUGAUUGAAGCUCCUACUUGGAUACAGGGUUACCAACAGCUACUUCGGGACAAUGCAACAGAGCAUGGACGAACAAUUAACAUUGUGCAUCGCUUCAAUAUCUUACCAGAAAUGAUCAUCAGUAUUGUUUACAGAUGGCUGUCUCCUGAAGAGGCUCCAAGUGUAUUCUAUGUAUCCAGUGUAUUCCUCUUACAUGGUGUGUAUGGAGCCACCCUCUACAUCACAUCCUGGCUUCUGAGUGACUCUGUGUUGGCUGGCAUGAUAUCUGUUACUCUGUUUAUAAUCCACAGGAUAGAUACAACAAGAGUCAACUAUGCUAUUCCUUUGAGAGAGAGCUUUGCCAUACCUGUGCUGUUUCUUCAAGUUCUCCUCAUAUGCAUGUAUAUUCGAACCAACAACUGGAAGAAAGUAAAGUUGGCAGCAAUCACUGUGCUGACUGUGAUGUUCCUGUUGAGUUGGCAGUUUGGACCUUUUGUUCUUCUCUGCCAGCUCUCCUGUUUGAUGGUUCUGAGCAGAUUUCUUCUAUUGCCUGCAUCUAAAGUGAGCACAAUGGUGGUGGUUGUGGCCAUUAGUCUGCUGGUGAACUGUGUAGUGCAGAACAAGCCGCCUCUUCUGAUAUCCUCCCCUGCACUGUCGAUGGUGGUUCCUGCCCUCAUCAUCAACAUGACACCAUCAGAUGGCAGCCUUGGAGCCUUUCUGAGAUUCACCAUUGCUGCAGCAGAAAUGUCUUUGGUGUUGCUUGCCACAGUGCUGAUCAGUGGUGCCAUAAAAAUCUUUAUGAACAUAGAUGCAGAUUCUCAUGUGUAUCAGCUUCUGUUGGCCAAAUUUCAAAUAGGAGAUCCAAGAGAUUUUGACUCACGGCUGUACAUGUGUACUGAGGCCUUUGAUUACAUGGACUUAGAGACAGUGGGCAGACUUUGUGACAGUGGACUUUUCUUUGCGUAUGGCCUUGGUAUUCUCAUUUAUUCCAUAUCCACCCUGAGAGUGUUCCUUAGUAAUGCUCUUGAAGUGACAGAAGAUUCAGAGACAGAAAAAUUCUUUAAAAAUAGACAAAAGAAUAUUGAACUAUCCAUGAAUUCAGAGACAUUCCUGUAUGAUCAGUAUGAAGAAACAGAGCAGAGAAGAGAAUCAGUGAACUAUGAAGGGGACACGUUUGAAGAUAUGACCUGUGAUGUGAAAGAUAUGCCUGAAGAAGAUAUAACACAAUGCAGUACAUCUCAGUGUUCCACAGACCAGCAGAUCAUAAAGGGAAGACUAGACUUGGUUUUCUUUGUAGGAAUGUCUGUGAUGUGGAACAUUUUGGCUGCACUUAUCAUGCGCCUGAAGGUGCUAUGGAUGCCAACUGUGUGUGUGAUUGCUGGGGUGGUGAUGGCAGACCGGCAGGUGUGCGUUGCCUUGACUCAGAUGCCGGGUGUGCGGGCAGUGCGGCUCCCACAGUGGUUCCCAGGGGGCCUCAAGAUGGUUAUUGCCCUGGGAUACCUUCUUUACAUCAUCCAAAAGUUUUGGGGUCAGCUGUCUUCUGAAAUAUGGCCUGAAGAAGUGUAUGAAUUCUGGGAUCCUGACACAGUGGAGCUGAUGGAGUGGAUUCAGUCAUACACACCCACCACUGCUGUUUUCGCUGGCUCCAUGCAGCUUUUGGCAGGCGUGAAACUUUGCACCGGACGUCACAUCACCAACCACCCACAUUAUGAAGACUCUUGGCUUAGAGAUCGCACACAUGAGAUAUACAAGAUAUAUGGAUGUGAAUCUCCAGAAAUUGUUUACAACACUUUGAAAGCUGCUGGCACUACUCAUAUAAUUCUGGAGGACAGUAUUUGCUUGGCUCCUCCUGAUCCCAGACACCCACUCUGCAGACUUGUGGACAUCGUGGAUCUUCACAAUGGCCAUUUCCCUGAAGGAGAAGUGAAAAAUAUACCUGGGCUUAAGACUUGUAAGCACAGACGAUUUUGUGAUGCAGUUCGCCACAGAACAAAGGAGUAUGGUAGAUUGUUCUCUCUAGUGAUGAAUAACAAGACAUUUAGAGUGUACAGCUUGAUGGGAACAUAGCAUUUCUCAGUCACCAAGAAACCUAUUUAGCUUCAGACUCUGUUAACCACUCAACAUUUGUUUUAUGUAUUUGAGCUGUCAUUUAUUGUACUUAUUUUAUUUAAAGGAAAUUGCAUGUUCAUUUAUUGAUACAAAAGUAACUGUAGAGCUUCCGUUUCAGCCACGGUGCCUGGUAAUAAUUUUGGAGCAUAUAUUUUUGUAUUAUGUAUUUUAAGACUUUCAUACAAUUUUCAACCAUAUCUGAAUUUCUUAAAUAUUUGUGCAAUAUCUUUUAACUGAUUUCUGUCACUUGCUUAUUUUUGAGAAUCACAUUCAAAAGUAGGUGGUAUCAAAUGGCCCCAAAAAAAUGUCAGGGUCCCUUUAGUGGCAAGAAUGGUUGGAUAUCAAUAUAACACUAGUUUUUUUAAGAUGUUUCAGGUGCCAUUCUAUACAGCCAGUCAUGGAGUACAGGCUAUUUUUGUGAAUGAUGAUCCUUUCUUGGGAGUAUCAAGUAUUAUCAAACAGAUUUUAGUGUCAUUAUUGACUGAGAUAAUUGACUUUAAUACUGGCAGAUGAUGUAACUGCCAGUAUCAAACUUUGUUUGUUGUUCAUAUUUUAUUUAAGAUCUAGCAGUGUUAAUUUUCAUUGAGUUUGAUUUAUUCUUUAUAACUUUCAAUGUUUUACAUUAAUAGUAUGCAAUAGUCCUAUGAAGUUCUCAAGAAUGCCAAGCUUGUGAAGUAAUUUAGGUUGCCACAGUUUCAGAGCACCUAUCAAAAAUGAGUUUCAAACUCAUGCACAUGCAUCAAAUCUUUGUUGCCUUAUAUGAUUUUUCAUUAGUUUUGUCAUAAAGAUCUAUGACUAUGAAGCUUAGCUGUACUUUAGUAAGUCCAUGAUUGUUUAGCAUUGGACCCAAAAUUAAGGAAGGGAUUUAAGGAAGUCCAGCAGUUGUAAAGACUCCUUUAAUGACUUGAAUCAUAUGAUCAUUUAUAGCAAUUCCAUUGCACCAGCUAAACUUAUUUAUGUUGCAAUAGUGACUUUGUCUACAUUCCGUACUGCAGUGUGCAAUGGCUGUAAUUGCCUGAGAUGAUAAGACAACAUGGUUAAGACACACAACAAGAAGGGUUUACAAAGAUAGGAUAGAUACUGUAGAUAAAACAUGAUGACCUCUUGAAAAAUGGGUGAAUAGAGUAUUGGAGGACAGUAUUUACAAGUGAUUGUGAGAGAGAGUGAAGUGGAAUGUGCAGAUGUAGCAUUUAUGAAUAGGAGCUAUACUAGAACUCAUCCGUAGCUACCCACAAGGUGUGGCUCCUCUUGGGUGCGACGUUGCCACUGCUAUACCAGUACCUUCUUCAAAGAAAACAGAGUGAUGAUCGUUCUUUACUUCAUUAAAAGAAGUCAGAAGAGACCCAAAUACUUAUGCAGCUAUAUAGUACAUUAAAUGCAAUAAAGAUUCUGGUUAUAUACAUGAAAAUGAGACAAGUAAUUUACAUAUUUGUGAAAUAAGUGCACAUACGAGUAGAAACACAGUAAUAUAUUGAGUGGUUCCUUGCUUGAGUUAAAGGUAAGAGUGUUGCCCGAUUUGCUUUCUCUUGCAAGAAAUAUCUAUUAUGGCAGAAUAUGAAUUCCUUGGUCUGGCUGCGCAAGACAGUGUAUGACGGGAAAGCGUCAGGGGUCCUUCCAUGGUAGUGACCAGAGGAGAAGUGUAGCGACACGUGCGUGGCGACCUGACUCAUCCCCCCAACCUCCCCGGGAAAUUCCACCUGGGUCGUGAGUGGCAACGUCGCCUGACCUGAUUUGACACAUCACCGUCCAUGUAUAUGAACUAGCUUAAUUUAUUUUCGUAUAUGACAAUUAUUUAUAUCAUCUACCACUUAAUUAAGGUUUCUGAAUGUUCUGAGAACGUUUUUUGUUGAUAAUGCUAUGAUUACAGGACAGUGAGUAGUUUGUUUUUAUUGGAGAUUUGGCAUAGUCUCACGGCAGACAUGGCCAACGCCCUAUGGGUAGGUACGGAUGGGUUUUAGUAUAGUAGAAACUUAGUUCCCUUGAGGGAAUUAAGAAAUCUGCAUCAACAUUUAUAUCUAGUUAGUUACAUAUUUAGAUAAGUAGAAAAUCAAGGAACCAGCUUUUUUGUAAAGCAUCAUUUUAUAAAGAAAACUUUAAAUAUCUGAGAGAAUAAUUUGUAGUGCCAUGAAAUUUUCAUGCUAGUUUUUUUCUAAUUUCUUACAAACAUUUUACCAGUACUAUUUAUGCAUGAAAAGUGAAACAUAACAUGAUUUUUUUCCUGUUGUUUGUUUGUAACACUACAACUAUUUAUAAUAUUUUCAUAAAUCCCUAUAAAAGGAAAA